AUGAAGGCGCCACAAACAGGAGAAGAGGAGGAUCCAUCGCUUUUUGUCUGUGAAGGCGAAGGUAAGGACAAUGCGAGGCCUGAUGUAGGUGACGUAAGCAUUCUUCGCAGUGCUGCUUUAUUAGAGCAGCGCUGCGCAGAAGUGUUUAUGUCGCGUCGCGUCGCAAUUCGGUUUGACAAGAGGACAAUUGGGCUUGUGACCAUGGAUACUUCACCUGUGCGACAGGGAAGUCUGUUGGUUGCAAGGAUGGUUGGUAGCAGGAGAGAGCAAAGGGAAGUGCGCUGCGAGUACUAUGUGAUCGUAUGUUCUCUAUAG